AUGAGAGAGGAGAUGCGUGUGUCGGGGCAGAGGCUUGGGCGCUGUUUGGGAGCGUGUGAGGCGGCGGAGCAGCGCACGGUGUCGCUGCAGGCUGAGGAAGGGCCGGAGCCGGUGCGUGCGGGCGGCGGCGGGAGCCGUGCGGGGCCCGUGCGGGGUCGGAAGGCGGCGUCGGCGAUGGGCGAGUGUUUGUGGGGUGCGGUGUUGCGGGUGGUGGCGGUGCAGGCGGCGUGGGCGCUGUGCUGGGGGCAGGUGCGGUACUCGGUGCCGGAGGAAGCGAAGGCCGGGACGGUGGUGGGCCGUGUGGCGCAGGACCUGGGUCGGGAGGCGGGCGAGGCGGAGGCGCGGCGGCUGCGGCUGGUGCCUGGGGGCCGGCGGGCGAGCGUGGAGGUGAGCGGGGCGAGCGGGGCGCUGGUGGUGAGCUCGCGGCUGGACCGGGAGGAGCUGUGCGGCAAGAGCGCGCCGUGCGCGCUGCGGCUGGAGGUGCUGCUGGAGCGGCCGCUGCGCGUCUUCCACGUGGAGCUGGAGGUCACCGACAUUAAUGACAAUGCCCCCAUCUUCCCCGCCGCCCGAAAAAACAUCACCAUUGCGGAAUUUACUACUCUCCCUGGGUCCCGGUUUCCUCUGGAGGGCGCGUCAGAUGCGGAUAUCGGAGUGAACGCUCAGCUCUCCUACACACUCAGCCCCAGCGAGCAUUUCAGAGUAGAAGAAGAAAACAGUAACUCGCGCAGUAAGUCCCUGUUUCUGGUGCUCACGAAAUCUCUGGACCGGGAGUCCAUGCCUGUUCACCGGUUGUUGCUGACGGCGAGUGACGGGGGCCGGCCGUCUCUGACAGGGACGAUGGAACUUGUAGUUUCAGUUCUGGAUGUGAACGACAACGCGCCACAGUUCAACCAAUCCGUGUAUAAUGUACAUUUGCCCGAGGACGCAGUAGAGGGGACGCUAGUGGCACGACUGAACGCUACAGAUCCAGACGAGGGAAGCAAUAGAGAAGUGAAAUAUGAAAUCGAUACUGUUGUUCCUCCCUCUGCCUCAGAUAUUUUCAGCAUCGAUGCCAAGAGUGGUGAGAUCAGACUGAUGGGAGCCCUGGACUUUGAGACAGUUACUUUAUACGAUGUACACGUUAAAGCAACAGAUAGGGGGACACCCCCGCUGUCGGGUCACUGCAAGGUGUUGCUGGAGGUGCUGGACGUGAACGACAACGCGCCGGAGGUGCGGGUGACGUCGCUGUCGGUGCCGGUGUCGGAGGACGCGUCGCUGGGGACGGUGGUGGCCCUGCUGAGCGUGUGGGACCGGGACUCGGGGUCGAACGGUCGUGUGCGGUGCUGGGUGUGGCCGUCGGGUCCGUUCGUUCUGGAGGCGACGUUGUCGGGGUCGUACUCGCUGGUGCUGCGGGAGUUGCUGGACCGGGAGCGGGUGUCGGAGUACGAGGUGGAGGUGCGUGCGGAGGACGGCGGUUCUCCGUCGCUGGGCGGCCGCGUUGGGCUGCGUGUGCCGGUGUCGGACGUGAACGACAACGCGCCGUCGUUCGCGCAGGCGGUGUACACGGUGCUGGCGCGGGAGAACAACUUGGCGGGCGCGGAGCUGGCGCGGCUGUGGGCGCGGGACCCGGACGAGGCGGGCAACGGGCGCGUGAGCUACUCGUUGUGGGAGGGCGCGUUGGGCGGGGGGCCGGGGUCGUGGGGGUCGGGGACGUCGGGGUCGGUGGGGGGUGUUGCGGCGUCGAGCUACGUGUCGGUGGAGGCGGAGAGCGGCGUGUUGCGGGCGCUGCAGCCGCUGGACUACGAGGAGGUGCAGGUGCUGCAGUUCGAGGUGCGUGCGGUGGACGCGGGGGAGCCGUCGCUGUGCGGCAACGCGACGGUGCAGCUGUUCGUGGUGGACGAGAACGACAACGCGCCGGCGCUGCUGCCGGCGGCGGGCGGCGGGUCGGAGGCCGGGUCCGUGUCGGGGGAGGCGGGGACGCUGUGGGCGUGGGCGUCGUGGGGUUCGCCGUCGGGUCAGGUGGUGGCGAAGAUCCGGGCGGUGGACGCGGACUCGGGCUACAACGCGUGGCUGCGCUACGAGCUGUGGGAGCCGCGGGGCAAGAGCGCCUUGUUCCGCGUGGGGCUGUACAGCGGCGAGGUGAGCACGGCGCGGGCGCUGGAGGAGGCGGACGGGCCGCGGCAGAGGCUGGUGAUCGUGGUGCGGGACCACGGCGAGCCGGCGCGCUCGGCCACGGCGACGCUGAGCGUGUCGCUGGUGGAGGGCGGCGAGGCGGCGCUGGCGGCGGCGGCGGGCUCGUCGUCGCUGCUGCCGCGCUCGUUGGCGGGCGGCGAGAGCGGCUCUGGGCCGGCGGCGGCGGCGGCGGCGGCGACGACGAACGUGUGGCUGGUGGUGGCGAUCUGCGGCGUGUCGAGCCUGUUCCUGCUGGCCGUGGUGCUGUACGGGGCGUCGCGCUGGGCGCCGCGGGCGGCCGUGCUGUCGGGGCCCGGGCCCACGACGCUGGUGUGCGCCAGCGAAGUGGGCAGCUGGUCGUACUCGCAGCGCCACAGCCGGAGCCUGUGCGUGGCGGACGGCGCGGCCAAGAGCGACCUGAUGGUUUUCAGCCCCAACUUCCCGCCGCCGCCCGGCGCCGCGCCCAAGGACACGCAGCCGGAGCCUCCCUCUCUCCUCGACACGGUCAGUGACAAUCCCUUGCUCUCGUCUACUUGUUCCCUCCUCCCUCUGCCCCUUCUCUCCCGCCCCCAGGGACGGCCCUGUCGGUCUCCGGGCUCCGCGCCCCUGGCUUGUGGAAGUGGUUGCUUUACAGCGCGGGGGGGCGGCUGGGGCCGGGCAGCGGAGCCGGUGCGUGCGGGCGGCGGCGGGAGCCGUGCGGGGCCCGUGCGGGGUCGGAAGGACUGGUCGUGUGCGGCGGCGAUGGGCGAGUGUUUGUGGGGUGCGGUGUUGCGGGUGGUGGCGGUGCAGGCGGCGUGGGCGCUGUGCUGGGGGCAGGUGCGGUACUCGGUGCCGGAGGAAGCGAAGGCCGGGACGGUGGUGGGCCGUGUGGCGCAGGACCUGGGUCUGGAGGCGGGCGAGGCGGAGGCGCGGCGGCUGCGGCUGGUGCCUGGGGGCCGGCGGGCGAGCGUGGAGGUGAGCGGGGCGAGCGGGGCGCUGGUGGUGAGCUCGCGGCUGGACCGGGAGGAGCUGUGCGGCAAGAGCGCGCCGUGCGCGCUGCGGCUGGAGGUGCUGCUGGAGCGGCCGCUGCGCGUCUUCCACGUGGAGCUGGAGGUCACCGACAUUAAUGACAAUGCCCCCAUCUUCCCCGCCACCCGAAAAAAUAUCAGCAUCGCAGAAUUUACUACUCUCCCUGGGUCUCGUUUCCCACUGGAGGGCGCGUCGGAUGCGGAUAUCGGAGCGAACGCGCAGCUCUCCUACACACUGAGCCCCAGCGAGCAUUUCAGAAUAGAGGAAGAAAACAUUGACUCAUCCAGCAAGUCCCUCUUUCUGGUGCUCACGAAACCACUGGACCGGGAGACGACUCCCGUUCACCGGUUAUUGCUGACGGCGAGUGACGGGGGCCGGCCGUCUCUGACAGGGACGAUGGAACUGGUGAUCUCGGUGCUUGACGUGAAUGACAACGCGCCCCAGUUUAACCAGUCGGUUUACAAAGUAGUUUUGCCCGAGGACGCCACAGUGGGGAAACUAGUGGCUCGUGUGAAUGCUACGGAUCCAGACCUGGGAAUUUAUGGAGAAGUAAUUUAUGAAAUUGAUUCUGUAGUUCCAUCCACAGCCGCAGAUAUUUUCAGCAUUGGUGCAAAUAGUGGAGAAAUCAGACUGAUGGAUGCCCUGGACUAUGAGACACUUAAGAUUUAUAACCUACACGUUAAGGCGAUAGAUAAGGGAAUGCCACCUCUAUCGGGUCACUGCAAGGUGGUGCUGGAGGUGCUGGACGUGAACGACAACGCGCCGGAGGUGCGGGUGACGUCGCUGUCGGUGCCGGUGUCGGAGGACGCGUCGCUGGGGACGGUGGUGGCCCUGCUGAGCGUGUGGGACCGGGACUCGGGGUCGAACGGUCGUGUGCGGUGCUGGGUGUGGCCGUCGGGUCCGUUCGUUCUGGAGGCGACGUUGUCGGGGUCGUACUCGCUGGUGCUGCGGGAGUUGCUGGACCGGGAGCGGGUGUCGGAGUACGAGGUGGAGGUGCGUGCGGAGGACGGCGGUUCUCCGUCGCUGGGCGGCCGCGUUGGGCUGCGUGUGCCGGUGUCGGACGUGAACGACAACGCGCCGUCGUUCGCGCAGGCGGUGUACACGGUGCUGGCGCGGGAGAACAACUUGGCGGGCGCGGAGCUGGCGCGGCUGUGGGCGCGGGACCCGGACGAGGCGGGCAACGGGCGCGUGAGCUACUCGUUGUGGGAGGGCGCGUUGGGCGGGGGGUCGGGGUCGUGGGGGUCGGGGUCGGGGUCGGUGGGGGGUGUUGCGGCGUCGAGCUACGUGUCGGUGGAGGCGGAGAGCGGCGUGUUGCGGGCGCUGCAGCCGCUGGACUACGAGGAGGUGCAGGUGCUGCAGUUCGAGGUGCGUGCGGUGGACGCGGGGGAGCCGUCGCUGUGCGGCAACGCGACGGUGCAGCUGUUCGUGGUGGACGAGAACGACAACGCGCCGGCGCUGCUGCCGGCGGCGGGCGGCGGGUCGGAGGCCGGGUCCGUGUCGGGGGAGGCGGGGACGCUGUGGGCGUGGGCGUCGUGGGGUUCGCCGUCGGGUCAGGUGGUGGCGAAGAUCCGGGCGGUGGACGCGGACUCGGGCUACAACGCGUGGCUGCGCUACGAGCUGUGGGAGCCGCGGGGCAAGAGCGCCUUGUUCCGCGUGGGGCUGUACAGCGGCGAGGUGAGCACGGCGCGGGCGCUGGAGGAGGCGGACGGGCCGCGGCAGAGGCUGGUGAUCGUGGUGCGGGACCACGGCGAGCCGGCGCGCUCGGCCACGGCGACGCUGAGCGUGUCGCUGGUGGAGGGCGGGGAGGCGGCGCUGGCGGAUCGGCUCCGGCGGGAGGCUCGUUGAUCUGCUGCCGCGCUCGUGGUGCUGCGGGCGGCGAGAGCUGGUCGUCUGCUGCCGCGCUCGUUGGCGGGCGGCGAGAGCGGCUCUGGGCCGGCGGCGGCGGCGGCGGCGGCGACGAACGUGUGGCUGGUGGUGGCGAUCUGCGGCGUGUCGAGCCUGUUCCUGCUGGCCGUGGUGCUGUACGGGGCGUCGCGCUGGGCGCCGCGGGCGGCCGUGCUGUCGGGGCCCGGGCCCACGACGCUGGUGUGCGCCAGCGAAGUGGGCAGCUGGUCGUACUCGCAGCGCCACAGCCGGAGCCUGUGCGUGGCGGACGGCGCGGCCAAGAGCGACCUGAUGGUUUUCAGCCCCAACUUCCCGCCGCCGCCCGGCGCCGCGCCCAAGGACACGCAGCCGGAGCCUCCCUCUCUCCUCGACACGGUCAGUGACAAUCCCUUGCUCUUGUCUACUUAUUCCCUCCUCCCUUUACCCCUUCCCUCCCGCCUCCUGGGCCGGCGUUGCCGGGAGCCGGGCUCAGUUCCCGCGGCCCGAGGGCAGUGGGUACUUGGCGGGCGCUUGAGGAUAUCAAUGGACCUUUUGAUCUGCCUCCGCGUCCUUGCCGGAGUCCCCCGGUUCUUGGUGGUGGGCGGGGAGGACUUGCCAGAAGCAGAGGUGUAG